AUGUACCUUACUUCUCACAAAAAGAACGUCACUCUAGGAAUCAUCAAUAAGCAGCUGAAAAAAGCAAUUGUCAAAUGGCAGACAGAGAUUUGGACACAUGACUUUGAGGACUCACUGUUCAGACCCUCCGCCAUUCUCGCUAAUGCAGCUAUUGAAUCGCUUUCUUCCUUUGGAAAUCUGGAACGGCUAAUUGAUCUUGAAAACACGAUGGGUGGGAGCUGGGCGUGGUUCGGCAAAUACAGUGACAAGCUUUUGGAUCUGUCUAAGACCUUGGAUGUUGCACCUAAGCAGCCUAAGCCCUCAAAACCAUGGGCAGCAAGAGGAGAAAAGCACGUAAGCGAAGCAUCAGAGCUUGGAGAAGGAUGUGGGAGUGGGGUGAAGGAAGAUCAAGCCAAACAAUGA